AUGGAGAUUUUCUUUGAACUCCUCUUCACUGUGGGUCUCUCUGUUCUUGUUUCUUUCAUUCUUGCCGAGCUUCUUUCAAUGAUGUCGUCCAGUGGCGUCGCUGCAGACGACGUUGUGUUGGGAUCACGUAUGGACGUGGUCGAGAAAAGGGUUUUUCAUCCACAAAAGCAGGACCAAAAUUUGGUAGUUUGUGAUUUUGAGAGUGAGAAAAACGUUGGGCUUUUUGGAGGAGUGGGAAAAUUCAAUGACCGUGAAGAUAGCGAAUUUCAAGCAAUAUGCGAUAAUGAAGAGGUUUCUAGGGAAGUUGGAGUUCUUGGGUUUGAAAAGAAGUCCACGGAAGUAAAAGAUGGUGAAAUUGAUACAAGAGAAGUGAAGAAAGAUAAAGUAAGCGUCGGUGGGGAUGACGUAGAACAGAAGGUAGUUGAUGGAAGUUCUAUGACAGCGACGUUUCGUGAAAUUGAGGUAGAAACGGGAAGUCUGGUUGAACAAAGUCCGGAGAGAUUGGAUUUUCGUGAAAUUGAGGUUGGAUUGAUAAAGGGUGUUAGGGAGAAUGAGAAUGAUGGUGUAAAAAGUAGUGAUGUUGAUGGUUAUGAUGGAUCGUUUGAUGAUUGGGAGGGGAUAGAGAGAACUGAGUUGGAGAAGCGUUUUGGUGCUGCGGUGGUGUUUGUGGGUUCCAAGAGCAGUGCUGCUCUUGUUUCUGGUCUUGACAGCGAUGUGAGGUUGCUGUUGUCUGGGCUUCAAAAGGUUGCACUUGAAGGGCCUUGUCUUAAGCCGCAGCCUAUGGCAUUGAAGGUUUCUGCGCGAGUGGGAAAAUUCAAUGACCGUGAAGAUAGCGAAUUUCAAGCAAUAUGCGAUAAUGAAGAGGUUUCUAGGGAAGUUGGAGUUCUUGGGUUUGAAAAGAAGUCCACGGAAGUAAAAGAUGGUGAAAUUGAUACAAGAGAAGUGAAGAAAGAUAAAGUAAGCGUCGGUGGGGAUGACGUAGAACAGAAGGUAGUUGAUGGAAGUUCUAUGACAGCGACGUUUCGUGAAAUUGAGGUAGAAACGGGAAGUCUGGUUGAACAAAGUCCGGAGAGAUUGGAUUUUCGUGAAAUUGAGGUUGGAUUGAUAAAGGGUGUUAGGGAGAAUGAGAAUGAUGGUGUAAAAAGUAGUGAUGUUGAUGGUUAUGAUGGAUCGUUUGAUGAUUGGGAGGGGAUAGAGAGAACUGAGUUGGAGAAGCGUUUUGGUGCUGCGGUGGUGUUUGUGGGUUCCAAGAGCAGUGCUGCUCUUGUUUCUGGUCUUGACAGCGAUGUGAGGUUGCUGUUGUAUGGGCUUCAAAAGGUUGCACUUGACGGGCCUUGUCUUAAGCCGCAGCCUAUGGCAUUGAAGGUUUCUGCUCGUGCGAAGUGGGUAGGGACUAGGGAGUGGAAGGAACUUGAUGCACAGGAACUUGAUUUUUUUGGAGACAUCACAUAA